AUGCGCGUGGUUGUUGCCCACCACGACGCCGAGCACUGCGCUGCUCCAAACCAAAAGACGUUAGAUCCCCACGAGAAAGGCUUAGGUAGUGUGCCACAGCCGGUUGCGCGGAACGGGUCCGCCCCGCCCGCCCUCGACACCCUUUCUACUUGCCCAUCAACCAGAGGUCUAACGACCCCGUUGUGGCUUCCUACCUCUUUCGGCGCUGCGGGAGUCGUUCCCCCACCAAGCGGGCCCGGUGGGCUCAUGGACGAACAAACACAAAAGGCCGCUUGCAAGCGUCGAGAAGAAUUCCGGGACAUGGCUCUGAGCGCAUCUAACCGGUGCGUGGUAACAGGCCUUGGUAAAUUGUGGUGCCUCAACCCUACGGUCGGCCCGGGGAUACACGUAGCACAUAUUGUGCCCCAGCUGCAGUACCAUGUGUAUCCACUCCAGAACUAUAUGGCGUUCAGGGCUCUACCCAGCAGUUUAUACCGAACCGUCGGCUCUCGAACCAACCCGGCUCAUGUCGGCCUGGAUGCACACGUGGUCUAUUAG